CCUCCCAAACUGCCUGCUUCUCCCGGAAGUGGAGCUUCUACACCGGAUUGCUCCUCUGGGCCGUAGCUCUAGGGGCGCGCGCUUUCGGAAAGGGGAGGAGGGGCGGCAGGGGAAAUCCCCCCCCCGUGGGAAAGAGAAUCGGGAGCGAGGACAAAGAGGGCCUGCCUUCACCUGCAGCAGAAUUCCCCAACCCACCAAGGAUUUGAGACCCAUCAGCUAUCCUCACCUGGUUUAGCCGGCCGGUUGAAGCCGUUGCUUGGAUCCUGGUCCCUGUUGCAUGCUGACACAGGACUUCUUCUCAGCCCAUUCUGAAGAAAGUGAUGGAGAAGACAAGUCAGAAUUUCGGGGGAGGGAGCAACAUACAUUUCACUAGAAAAAACCAUUAUAAUGUGUGAAAUGUGGAAUAUGCUUCACUGAAUGAGCACACAUAGCUCACAUCUCAAAAAGGGGAGAAACCGUUUAAAGCUAUGGAGAAUGGAAAGAGUUUAACUGAUAGUGGAACACUUAGAGCACAUCAAGGUACUCACAUGGGCAAGAAAAGAUUCCAAUGCAAGGAGUCUGGAAAGAGGGGAAACCUCAAUAUACAUCAGCGGACUCACACAGGUGAAAAACUAUAUAAAUGUAUGGAGUGUGGAAAGAGCUUUAGUAAUAGUGGAAGCCUUAGACAACAUCAACGGACUCACACAGGAGAGAAACCAUAUGAAUGUAUGGAGUGUGGAAAGCAUUUUAGUGAUAAUGGAAACCUUAGAAGACACCAACGGAUUCACACAGGAGAGAAACCAUAUGAAUGUAUGGAGUGCGGAAAGAGUUUUAGUGAUAAUGGAAACCUUAGAAGACACCAACGGGUUCACACAGGGGAGAAACCUUUUAAAUGCAUGGAGUGUGGAAAGAGCUUCAGUUGGAGUGGACACCUCAAUAGUCAUCUACAGACUCACACGGGAGAAAAACCAUUUAAAUGUAUGGAGUACGGAAAAAGCUUCAGUCAGAGUGGAGACCUUAAAUUACACCAGCGAACUCACAUGGGAGAAAAACCAUAUGAAUGCAUGGAGUGUGGAAAAAGCUUCCGUUUCAAUGCAAGACUUAAAACACAUCAACGGACUCACACAGGAGAGAAACCAUUUAAGUGCAUGGAGUGUGGAAAGAGCUUCAGUUUAAAUGCAAACCUUAGAAGCCAUCAACGGACUCACACGGGUGAAAAACCAUAUAAAUGUAUGGAGUGUGGAAAGAACUUCAGUAAGAGGGUACAACUCAAUAUACACCUUCAGAUUCACACAGGGGAGAAACCAUUUAAAUGCAUGGAGUGUGGAAAGAGCUUCAGUUUAAAUGCGUGCCUUAGAAGACACCAACGGAAUCACACAGGAGAGAAACCAUAUAAAUGUAUGGAGUGUGGAAAGAGUUUCAGUCACAGUGGACAAUUCAACAUACAUCUAGAGACUCACACAGGGGAGAAGCCAUUUAAAUGCAUGGAGUGUGGAAAGAGCUUCAGUUUAAAUGCAAACCUGAGAAGCCAUCAACGGACUCACACGGGUGAAAAACCAUAUAAAUGUAUGGAGUGUGGAAAGAGUUUUAGUGAUAAUGGAAACUUUGGAAAACAUCAACGGACUCACACAGGAGAGAAACCAUAUAAAUGUAUGGAGUGUGGAAAGAGUUUCAGGUACAGUGGACACCUCAAUAGACAUUUACAGACUCACACAGGAGAGAAACCAUAUAAAUGCAUGGAGUGUGGAAAGAACUUCAGUAGGAGUAGACAACUCAAUAGACAUCUACAGAUUCACACAGGGGAGAAGCCAUUUAAAUGCAUGGAGUGUGGAAAGAGCUUCAGUUUCAAUGAGUCCCUUAGAAGACACCAACGGACUCACACAGGAGAGAAACCAUAUAAAUGUAUGGAGUGUGGAAAGAGUUUUAGUGAUAAUGGAAACCUUAGACAACAUCAACGGACUCACACAGGAGAGAAACCAUAUAAAUGUAUGGGGUGUGGAAAGAGUUUCAGUCACAGUGGAAAUCUUAGAAAACAUCAGCAGACACACAGGGAAGAAACCAUAUAAAUGUAUGGCAUGUGGAAGGAACUUCAGUCAGAGGGGAGCCCUUGAUUUAAGUCAAAAACUUGCACAAGAGACAAACCAUGUAAAUGUCAGGAAAGUAGAUAGAGGGUCAGUCCUAGUGGAAGUCCUGUAUCAACAGACUCAUGAGCACGAAGAACUUUAAUAGUUUAACCGUACAAACCCAUCAACAACUCAAGAGGAGAAGCAGUUUAAAUGGAAAGAUUUGCAGAAAGUGCUUUUGUUAUAAUGGAGUGUUUAAGAAACAUCUUGGGACUCUCACAGGGGAGAACCCAUUUAGAUGUAUGGAAUGUGGGACAUGUUCCUCUCAGAAUCCACUCUUUUCUUCACAGCAAUGAACUCAGCAGGAGUCGGCGUAUGGAAACUGCUCCCAACAUCCAGGGUGUUUUGUCACACUUCGAAAGAUCUGGUUGGUUAGGUCCAGGUCCUAUGAGCCCGGGGAGAGUGGGGCUGUUUGCAGGGAGUUCUCAGUCAUUUGGGGUUCAUCGCUCCACCGUACGUAUUUGCGUUUGAAUUUGCCAGAAAUUAUUCACCAUGCCUUGUAAUGGAGUCCAUUCCUCCUAUGAGUGUGCCCCCCCCCUUAUGCCUCCUGCUUGAGUUGUCAGCCUUCAGUGCCCACUGCACCAUCAGCGAGGUACAAUUCUGCCCCCCCAUUCCUGGUGUUAACAGCACCAAGACCUAAAACAUGGAUGGAGCAUUCUGAGGUCAUGGCGUGGAGUGGGGGAAGGAAGGAUUUUACAAAGUAACCAUUGGGGGGGGGCACUUUGCAGUUGGAUUGCUGGGAUCAGCCCCUCCCUCGCUCUCCCUCGCUCUCCUGAUCCCCAAAAGGAAGAGGGGAGGGGGAAAACCUCACUCCCCCCCACUAAAUUCCGCCCCUCCCCUCCCGGAACAUCCUCCCCUCACUCCGCCCCCUCAACCCCAAAUCCCCUCCCCAAUAUGUUGAUCCUCCUCCUCGCCAUCCGGCUUCUGUUCCGGGAAUGGGGGGGGAGAAGAGCCCCCUCCCAAACUGCCUGCUUCUUCCGGAAGUGGAGCUUCUACACCGGAUUGCUCCUCUGCGCCGUAGCUCUAGGGGCGCGCGCUUUCGGAAAGGGGAGGAGGGGCGGCAGGGGAACCCCCCCCCGUGGGAAAGAGAAUCCGGAGCGAGGACAAAGAGGACUUCUUCUCAGCCCAUUCUGAGGAAAGUGAUGGAGAAGACAAGUCAGAAUUUCGGGGGAGGGAGCAACUUCCAUUUCACUAGAAAAAACCAUUAUAAUGUGUGAAAUGUGGAAUAUGCCU